CUGAGGACAAAAUCAUUGUUCAAACUUCAAACCCGGUCCAAUGCACACAGGACUGAAACCUAUGAAAAUGUGAAUUAUAAGAUUAAACAAAAAAAUUAAGACGCAAGAAAAUAAUUUAGUGCAGAAUUUUCAUUCGGAGGAGGAUCUGAAUUUGGACCCGCUUCUACGACCGGGUGAACCCGAUUACCAGGUUUAACAAAAGUUUGAGAGUGUAAUAAGAAUGGAGAAGAGAGUUAAAGCAGAAGAUUAUGCAUCUCAGCUGCCACAACACUUGCUGCAUCACAUCUUGUCUUUCCUCAGUCUUAAACAAAUUAUUCAGACAAGUGUUUUGUCAAAAACUUGGUAUCGGGCAUGGAACACUCUCCACAUUUUGAAAUUCGAUUUCUUGGACAUCUUUUCCGACAUAAACAGAGCUAUAUACGAGGUAAACAGACAACCACAGUAUAAUUUUGUUGAUCAAAUUUUGCUUACCCGGAGCCGGCAAAUGAUUAGUUUAAAGAAAUUUACAGUCAUUAUGCCAUGGUGUGCCCAAACACAGCAUACAGUGUCGGCAGCUGAUCGAUGGAUUGGCUAUGCUCUUGAAAGUCGUGUCAAAGAACUCAAAGUUGCAAAUUGUCCAUACGCUUGUGGUGAAAAAAUCAAGUAUAGCGUGCCACAAUCCAUCUUUCAUUCAAAUUGGAUACAGGUUCUGCACCUGCGUGAUUGCGAGCUGAAGCUGCCGUUUUCCGGUAAUGUAAAGCUAUCUUGCUUGAAGCAACUCACUUUUGGAAAAGUCUAUGUGGAUGAUAACUUUGUCAGAGAUCUCCUUGCCGGUAGUCCUAUGCUUGAAGAUAUAAGUUUGAUUAGAGUUUUUGGUAUCAAGGAAUUAAACGUAUUUAAUCUUGUGAAACUCGGAAAAAUUCAUAUCGAAUGGCUCCCUGAUCUUGAAAAACUGGCGCUCCUUGCACCGAAUCUCGAGUCAAUUACAUUGAUUGCAGGAGAAUAUAAGGGGAUAAAUCUUGGUGUUUCUUGCAAAUAUUUAUCAAUAAGCUUGUCUUCAAUUUCGGAUAAAUGGUUGAAUGAGCAGCUGAAGAGGUUACCUCAUCUUGAGAACUUGAAAUUGUAUUUCUGCCCUAAACUGGAGAGGAUUGAGAUCUCGAAUCCUCUUGUUAGCAAGUUGUUGAUACAGGGUUGUGCAAAGCUGAGUAGUGUUCAGAUUGAUGCGCCUUGUUUACGCUACUUUACAUACAUCGGUGACAUUGUUUCAGUAUUUUCUUCUACAAAUCGCAUAACUCUGUCAGAGGUUUCGUUGGAUUUUUAUUCGAAAACAUGGGACAUCACUUGGUAUGUCAGACUGAUUGAACUAUUGGCCAAUUUCAAUACUUCUUUCAAUGUAUUGAAAUAUGUGUUCAAAAACUGGACAGGAAAGUGGGUUGUUAUUCCAGAAGAAGUGAAAAACAUGGCAGCUCCUCCUUUAAGUAACGUUAAAGAAUUGGGUCUUCAAAUUCAGUCUCAAACAGAUGCUCUUCCAAUGUCUCAACUUGAGGAUGCUAUGUCAUGGAUUGCUCCUCAUCCCCAGAGUCUAUCCAUAUCUAUUAAUAAGUACUAUUAAAGUUGAAUGGAAGCUCGGUCCUAUACGGUAUUAUGACAAUAACUAAAAAUUAAUUUUGCUCUAAUUUUUAUUUUUUCAAGAUAUUAUUAUAUACUGUUCUCAUAUAAAUUUUUUAUGCAAUCAUGAGCAUUAUCUAA